AUGGCGUCAGUCGAGACUCAGAAAAAUGGUGAAGCGCAAGACUUGUUAGCAAAAGCUCCGUGGACCGACGAGCAGGGUAUCGGCAUGAAGAUCUACCAGGGCGUGAUGAUGACGCUGGAGGUUCUGGUGCUUAUCGUGAGGAUGUACGCCACGUGGUUCCACUGCAUCUACAAGUUCUUCGUGCCCCCCGAACCGAAGAGCGUUAACGGAGAAGUCGUGCUUAUAACAGGCGCUGGGCACGGCAUGGGUCGCGAGAUGGCGGUGAGGUUCGCGAAGCUGGGCAGCACGAUCAUAUGCGUGGACAUCAACGUGGGCGGGAACCAGGAGACCGUCGACAUCAUCAAGGAGGGCAAGGGAAAAGCUCAUAGCUAUUUAUGCGACGUCACAAACCGUGAUGCCAUCAACGAGAUGGCAGAAAAGAUCCGCAAGGAGGUCGGCGAGGUGACGAUCUUGGUGAACAACGCUGGAGUUAUGCCCUGCAAACCUUUGCUGCAGACCGGAGAAAAGGAAAUACGCGUCGCCUUUGAAGUGAAUUGCCUGGCACAUCUUUGGAUGCUCCAAGCUUUCCUUCCAGCUAUGAUGGAAAGGAAUCAUGGACAUAUCGUAGCAAUGUCUUCCAUGGCCGGUGUGAUCGGUCUGCGGAACCUGGUCCCGUACUGUGGCACAAAGUUCGCCGUCAGGGGAAUGAUGGAAGCCGUACAUGAGGAGUUGAGGGAAGAUCCAAGGAAUUUUAGUGGGAUUAAGUUAACAUGCAUCUGCCCGUACAUCGUCGACACCGGCCUGUGCAAGAACCCCAAGAUCAAGUUCCCGUCGCUGAUGAAGAUCCUGUCACCGCAGGAGGCAGUCGAACACAUCGUAGACGCCGUGCGAAGGGAGUACCACGAGAUUACCAUACCCAGCUCUCUAUAUUAUAUUAACCAGAUGUUCCGAGUCUUCCCGCGGUCAGUUCCUCUACACAUCAAAGACUUCCUUGACUCUGGUUUAGAAGCGCAGUAACUCUUCUACACCAAGAAAGUUAUACCACGACUUGCCGCAUUGAAAUGCCUCACGGCACUGGGUACAAGCCCUUUUCCGCCCCUUGAAAUACUUUAGUUUUAACGUUCCAGGGACCAGCUUUCCAAGCAGCACAAAGAGUUAUUAAUAAGAGUUAAAACGCUUUUAUAAAUUGCUUUAUUAGAGCAAUUUCUAAUGCUUCAGUCGUCAUAAGCGUUCGUACGUCCUCUUACGGUAUAGAGUUUCGAUAACGGAAAACGACUACUCGAUUGCAAGCGAGUAAAUCUCGUACGAAGAUAAGGAAUUGACCUUGAUGGUCUACUCUUCAGCAUGAGUGUCAGUUUUCUUGGAAUCUAACGCCACGCCCGUGUUAGCAUGAAUCUGUGAUUCCAUAUGGAAGACCAAUAUGGAGUAAAAAAAAGACGCGCAGUGACGUUAACGUAAUCAAACAUUUUGUAUGGUAUACCAAUUGUCAUUACUUGACGACUCCGUAUAAAUUUGACAGACAUACCUGUCAGAUUAACGAGAUUCGUUCGUCACAUUCGAUAACUGGUAAACUCGUCGUGGCUUUGAUGUUUUUUUGAUCUGGGGUUAAGCUACUGUACAGUGGACAUCAUAAAGACAGAAAGUUAUAGUACAAUUUCUUAUACCUCCAUGACUUUUGUUUUUGUUUUACUGAUGUCCACCGUACUUUACAGUGUAUUCUAUACCGGAAUCCUCGACCAUUAACUAUGUUACCGUACGUUACCGUAUUCUAAAAAAUGAAUAUACGGUACGAAUGGUUAAAUAAAAUAUUUUUAUAGAAAAAACCUGCAUAAUAUUAGAUAAAUAAAAUGUUUAUAUACGUAUCUACACUGUCAUCUGUUUCUUAGUCAAUUUUAAAUAUUUCCUACACGUAUUUUUUUAAAACAUAUUUCUUCUUAAUUGACUAAAAAACGGUUAACAAUAUAGUCUGAUAUUUCUAAAAUUUCCUAGAAUCGGAGAAAUAUUAGGAUCUCGAAAACUAUUUGUAGCUAGACAUAGAUUAGAUGUAUUAUUUUAUAUGUAAGUAGAUAAAUACAAUGCUAAAUGUAAAAUUUAAUGGUGAUAGUGAAAAUAAUACAGCUGUUGACAUUGUAUUGUAGUGUUCGUAUGUUAUUAACUUCUAUUUUAUUUUAAGUUCUAUUUUCAUAAAGCAAUUAUUGUAAAAGUGACAGUUGAAUUUCAAAUAUGUUUUAUAUUUUGUAUGAGCUAAAAAAUAAUUUGAUUUGAAUUAGUUUAUUGUAAGAACGUCAUGAUACCACCUUCAAUCAAUCAAUUACUUAGAAUAAAAAUAAUAAUUUUAUGCAAUGUCAACAGAGGAUAUAGUUUUGGUUAUUUUUAAUUGUAUACAAAUAUCUUGUGCCUGUAUUUUUAUACUGACUGUAAUAUAGAUAAUUUAUGUAUACAUUUACCUAUUAAGUGCUUUUUUUCAGUUAAAAGUGCCAUUUGACGAUAUUUUUUAGAUUUUUUUUCAGAAAAAUACAUUAAAAAGUUUUCCAGAUAUUUGUAGUUUUUGUAAUUAAGUUUUUGUUCCGAUGUUGAGGUUUACAAUUAUUGAUUUUUUUUUUAUGAUUUGCAAUUGUACCGGAAUUCAAAACCUUUAGUUUUAUUUUUAAUGUACAACCGAUAAAUCUUCUUGCUAUUUUUUUA